AUGAAAGCAACGAAGCAUGAGGAUGCAGACCCUCCCGUGAAGCCCUCAGAUAAUGCAACACCGCCGCCGACGAUGCAAAAACGCCAGGGUGUGUCGCAAUUGCGGAAGCCGCCUCUGCAGAUAUGGCAGCAGGGGUCGGACGGCGGCACUUUUCUGAUAUGGUCUAUGGUCGGCAUCGUCGUUGCCCUGCUGCUUACGAUGAUUCUGUCGUGGCAAGAUGUGCUGAAGCACUGGCGCACGUGGGACCGGGGGGCGACCGCCGAGAGUGCGCCGCUGCACGCUCCACCGCCACGGAGGUUGGCCGAUGACGCGGCGUCCACCGAAGCCGGAGGACGGCAAGGCACGAGGGAGAAGGACGAACCGCAGUCGUUCUGCUACACACUUGAGAUGUACAGUGCGAAGUUUAUUGCGCCGGUGCCGGGGCGACAGCCUACACCGCAGCACUUUUUCUACCGUUGCGGGACGCGGCUCGUCGACAUGCGCACGGAAGUCAACCGUAGCAAGCUGGACCGCUGUGCCGCGGCCACCGCGAAGAGCCCAACAGUGUUUCCCACCUUACGCGUUUUUCUUGCAAGCACGUUUGAGGAGCGGGCACAUCUUCAGCAGCAGCGCAAUGUGGCAGCCCAAGUCAUUCCCCUUGCGAGGGUUAAUGACGACUACUGCGAUUGCCUUGAUGGCACGGAUGAAUUGCAAACAAAUGCUUGUAGCAUGUCCGGCGCCGUUCUCCCGCUGGCCCACCUGCGCUGGAAACAGUACUUGCAUGCCAAUGCACACGUGCAGCUCUACGAGGAGGAGGAGGUGCCGUCCGUGCAUCGCACAGCGCGGCUUCUGCGUCGACUUGGUGGCCCUGUGCUCCCAUUUUGUUGCCGGAGCGAUCCAGAAGUGUGGCUGGCACCCUCACGCGUUGGCGAUGGUGUUGUGGACUGUUGCGACGGCAGCGAUGAGGUGGACCCUCCACCUUCGCACGACGACGCACAAAACGCAGCAGCAGCGGAAGAUGAAGAUGAAGGGGUGGUGGAAAGGUGGCUGUCACGGGUUGCUGCCAUCGAGCUGCAUCUUGACAAGGGCGUGGGAGCCACCAGCCCUCUCCACCCCACUCCAGACGGCGUCCCUCGCACGGUUGCCGGCAUGCUGUUAGAGAACGGCCUCACCUCCCUCAUGAGUUGUCGCCGUUUGCGGGAGGAACGGCUAAGGAGUGCACGCGCCCUCUACGCAGUUGUAGAGCGGGGUCAUGCGACAUACAAGGUACGCAAGGCCAACGGCUGGGAACAGUACGGCAAGGCUUUGGUGGAGCGAAGCAUCAAGCAUCAAAAGGAGUUGCGUGCCACCGCGGAGAAGUUUGAAAAGCGUCGAAACCGCCUUCGCGAGUUUAUAAAGGCGACAGGAAAGUCGGACCCUUUUUCCGCUGGUGUACCGUCUGAGGAGCUACAGAUGAUGGAGGAAAUGUACGCCGAGCUGCAGCGGCGAAGUAUGCAGCAGAAACACAUGGAAGUGACCCUCUUCUUCCGCUGGCUGGGCGAUGACUUUGAGUACUACCCGCUCGCGGAUGCCAAGUUUCGUGUGCCACUGAACCGCGUGGUGGAUACGGCGCAGAGUAGCUCGCAGUUGGUCCGGCGAUCGAAGGCAUCGCGUCGCUACAAUGCCUCAUACAUGUUUGAUGCACCUCCUGCGCACGUGGACGACACGUCCUACCUAGAAUUUUUUUUUGUUCCAUACCGUUACCUUACCGGUGUUCAAAACCUCACGGCGGAGCAGAAGCGCAUCUUUCUACCACACGCCCAUGCGCCGGCAGGGAAUAAUGAGAGCCGGAAUGCGUCGGACGCGGAUGAUGCUGCCAUUGGGCCGCAGGUUAUAUUUGGCUUUUGGCGGCCGGACUACACCGAAGUCGCCGUCGACAGCUUUGGGUCUAUUGAUCCGUCAGGCAACGGUGUGCUGCGGUGGCGUCUUUUUGUGGCUGACCCCGCUCCUGUCAUGGGCGGGGUAGAGCAGACCCUGCAGCAUGAGCGGUUUUCGUACAGCAGAGCUCAGCGGCGUGUGUUGCGGCUGGAGAACCCCAACAUGCUGGAGCAGAUGAAAAACGCGCUGGAGGGCACCUCCGAUACCACGACAAUAGAGAUGCCGCAGCAACAAAACAAACCAGAGCUCGCCUCCGUGCAGAUAUUUUAUGGCGGCAUCCCAUGUGCGCAUGACGACGCCGUUGCUGGCAGCAUUCAGGUGGGAGAGUUGAAAGAAGAGGAGGGACAGCGCAAUCAGCCGCGCAGUUACGGCCGUGUUGUCUACGUGUGCGCCGAGGAGGAUGGUGUCUUGGAGUGGCAUCGCAACGGCAAGUGUGCGCAUGAGGUGGCCUUUGGAACCCCAAGCGCCUGCAUGUCGUGGGUGCUGAAGGCUGCAGCGGCACGUGUGCAACAGGCGGAGAGAGCCCUGCAUGAUGAAUUAUUGUAG